AUGGGAGAUAUUCGAAAAUAUUUCGGCGCGCCUAUAAAAGAUAAAGAACCAGAAAAACCCAAAGAAGAAUCUCCAAAACGAAAGCGCUUAAACAAAGUCUCUUCAAAACAAGAAACCAAAAAGCCAAAAAUCGAAAAAAACACAAGUAAAUUCUUCCCUAAAGGCCAAUCCCCUAAAGCUUCCCCAGACUAUGCUUCUUCAGCAACAGAAAUAAUUCCAUCAGAUGAAGAAUACUCUCGUCCAAAAUCCCCACCAAUUAAGACCAAAAAAAUCUCUCCAAAGCGCGAGCCUAAGCCUAAAGACAAAAUCGAUUACAAACCUAAAAAACCCGCACCAUCCAAAAAGAAGCCAAAAAGUGAGCCAAAAUCCAUUCCUUCCUCCAGUACUCCCCUUCAAGGUCAAACUUUUGUGAUAACAGGAGUUCUGAGCAAUUACGAUAGAAAUGAAUUAACAGAUAUUCUGAAAUCAUUUGGAGCCAAGGUGACUGGCAACGUCAGCAAGAGAACUAGUUGUUUGAUACAUGGAGAUAAGCUGGAAGAUGGGAGAAAUUUUACAGAAGGGAAUAAAUAUAAAACCGCACUAGAAAAUGGGACGAAAAUUAUGAAUGAAGAAGAGCUUGAACAUAUGAUAGAAGACUUAAAAGGUAAUGAAAAAUCGUCACCUGUAGAUCAGGAUUCUUUUAAUGCGGUUCAGGUAUCACAGAAACCAGCAAGGGUUCCUAUAAAAGUUAGUCAAACUGAUGCAACUCAGUCUUUAUCAAAUGCAAGCCAGCUAUGGGUUGACAAGUAUAAGCCUAAGACUAUCCAAGACAUUUUAGGGAAUAAUAAAACAGUCGAAAAAUUAUGGGAAUGGCUGAGAGAUUGAGAAGAAGUCGUUAUUCAUGGCAAUAAAAAAGAUGUAGAAGCAUUUAGCAGAGGGAGGCUGGAUUUAACUCUAAAUGUCAAUGCAAAAGCAGCUUUAAUUUCGGGUCCACCAGGAGUAGGAAAAACAACUGCAGCUAGAGUUGUAGGGAAAACAUUAGAUUACCAAAUAAUGGAAAUGAACGCAAGCGAUUUUCGAUCAAAAAAAUUAAUUCUUGACCCUUUGAAAGCAUCGAGUGGAAACCAGAGCAUGACAGGCAAUGGGACGAUAAUGAAAAAUCUGAUUGUUAUGGAUGAAGUUGAUGGUAUGUCAGCUGGGGAUAGAGGAGGGACUACUGCAUUAAUUGAGGUGAUAAAAACAACUAAAGUCCCUAUUAUUUGUAUUUGUAAUGAUAGACAAAGCACGAAGUUGAAAUCAUUAGCUAACUACUGCUAUGAUCUUAGAUUUCAAAAACCUAAUAAAUCUCAAAUUUCUAAAAGACUUUUAGCUAUUAUGGCAUCGGAAGGAUUAUCGAUUUCCAUUAGAUUAAUAUUUAAAGUCUCAACUGCCUUAGAGCUAAAAUACUCUUUUGGGCCCAAACUAGAGAUGUCACCUGGCCCCGACAAGAACAAUGGCCUAUGCGCCACUUGAGUCCAAUCUAAGCAAAUACCAAAAUACCCGAGCCAGCUGCCCAAAAACUAGCAGCCUUACCUCACCCUUACCUGAAUCAGCUCCUGCGCAUGUCCACCCAAGAGUCACCUUCCUCCUGGUCUGCUGAGAGGUAAAAGCUUACCCUUGGAACAGUUCCUCUACCCUAUGCGACUAAAGUUAAGUCACUAUUGUUUUCAGAAGUUCUCAAGGUAAAACUAAACCUCAUAGAUUCCAUGUAAGAAAAUUAGCAGAGCUAUUCCUCUCGAACCGAGUGCCAUUUUAUUUAUCUAUAGAAUGUUUAUCAAUUGAGCCAAAUGCAUUAGAAAUGAUCAUAGAAUCCUCGGGAAAUGACAUAAGGCAAACUUUAACUCUACUGGAAAUGUGGGCUCGGACCAAUAAUUCUAUGAAUUACAAUCAAGCAAAAAAGGGCUUACAAUUCAUUUCAAAAGAUUCCAUUACAAUGGUCGGAAAUUUUGAUGCUGCUGCAAAGCUGCUAAAUAAUCAUGAAACUCGUGCAAUGAGUCAUAAGCAAAAAAUUGACUUAUUUUUCGUCGAUUUUGACUUAAUUCCUCUUCUUAUACAAGAAAACUACCUCUCAGCAAUUCCUCAAAAUAGCCAAACUAUAGAAAAUAUGGCAAACGCUGCUGACUCAAUUGCAUUUGGGGACUUAAUUAAUAAGCAAAUCCGCACUAAUAACGAUUGGACUCUUCUUCCACAGCUUGGCCAAGCUUCAGCUAUAGAGCCAGGAGCUCUAACUGGAAAUGGUAUCCCUUUUCCUCGAUUUCCUGAAUGGUUUGGAAAAUCAUCCACCCAGAAAAAGAACGAAAGACUUGUACAAGAGCUCAGAUCUGCUAUGGCAGGGCACAUUACAGGAGACAAUAUAACGAUUCUCAGCGAAUAUGUCCCAUUAAUCUACAAAAUGAUUAUGAAGCCUAUUAUAAAGCAUGAUAUGGACGGUGUAGAAGAAGCUGUAGAAAUAAUCCAUACUUAUGGUCUUAACCCUGAUAUGUUUAAAGACCAUCUAAUUCAAUUGCAAUUUGACAGCGAAAAAAGUGAAGAAGAAUUCAAAAAAAUCCCGACCAAAACAAAGGCUCAAAUAACGAGGGUUUAUAAUACUGUUUUUAAGAGCUCGCUGAAAAAGGUUAAAAAGAAAAGAGAAGAAAAGGAAGAAAAAGAUCAGGUGGAUCCUGAGUUUGCAGAAGAUGAAAAUGGGAAUGAAGAAGAGGAAGAUGAGAAGGAAGAGGAGAGCGAUAUUGAGGUAAAGCCAACGGUUAAAACAGUUAAAAAGAAAAAGAAAUAA